UGCAUUUGUUUUUGCACAAAAACAAACACUGUGCGAAACUUCAACAAUUUAGAAGUAAACAACUACUUCAACGAAAAUAAUUGUAGUCGAAACGAAUUACGGUUCAUACCGUGAUUUUAAACAAAUAUUCUCAAAAGUUUAUAUCGAAAAAGUGUAUUCCUAUAUUUGAAUGGCAUUGAAACACGUAGUUAUCGGUGGUGGAACUGGCUUUAUCGGCAAGCGUCUAGCGAAAACCUUACUCGCUGAUGGUUACGAAGUGACCACAAUUUCGCGCAUGCCAGCCUUCAAGAGCAUAACAUGGCACGAGUUGGAAAAGAAUGGUCUCCCCGAGGGCACAUCGGCCGUCGUUAAUUUGGCUGGCCAGAACGUGCUGGAUCCGACACGCUUCUGGACUCCGGGCUACAAGCAGAACGUGUGGAAUUCCCGCAUCAAUACGACUGCCGCCUGUGCGAGGGCAAUCGAGCGAGCCACGGUUAAGCCGCGCGCUUUUGUCAGUAUUGUAGGCGUUAGCCACUAUCCGGCGGGGCCUCAGCCGAACACAGAGGAAUCGAAAACGGUUGAGUUUGAUUUUAUGUCUAGGCUAUGCGUCGAAUGGGAGAAAGCCGCAAACCUCUCGGAUAACUCGAUCUGUCGGGUAUCGAAGGUUCGCAGUGGAGUUGUGAUUGGUCGGGAGGGGGGAAUGAUACUGUCGUUAAUUUUGCCUUUCUGGUUUGGAUUUGGGGGUCCCAUAGCGGAUGGGAAACACGAUUUGCCGUGGAUUCACGUACAAGAUCUCUGCAAUUUGAUUAAAUUUGCUAUAGAAAGGCCCGAGGUGAGCGGGGUGCUCAAUGGAGUGGCGCCAGAAUUAGUCACAAAUUAUGAUUUCACGAAGGCUUUCGCAGCUGCCCUAGUGCGACCCGCACUCUUCCCAAUGCCUGAAUUUGUGCUGAAUCUCAUUUUCGACAAAGAGCGAGCCGUUUUACUUACCAAGGGUGCUAAGGUUGUCCCUAAGCGCGUGCAGGAAUUUGGGUUCCAGUAUCAAUACCCAGAUAUUCGAUCGGCUUGCAAAGACGUGGCAAGGCUUUUCGCCUAGAAGUAGCCGAGCUCAAAUCCGUACAAUCUCGUGAAUGUAUGAAUCAUCUAUCGGAAGGUCAUUUUCAUAACUACUAGCGAUUAAAAUAGCCAUGUUAAUUCUAAGAGAA